AAAUAAAAGUACAAAUUGGUAUAAAUGGCGCGAUCAGCAGUGGAAUAUCCAAAAGAUUUUUAAAAACAUGCACUCUAAAACAUCCAGAUAUUUUGUAAUAUUAUUUAUUUACUUUGUGUCAUGUAAUGCAAACCAAAAAGAAAUCCGUAUUUAUCUUCCACCUCCAGCCAAUAUAGGAAAUGCUUAAAUCGCACAGAUGAGUCAGAGAUACAUAAGUCAAGAUCCUUCGGGGCUAAUGAAAUGGCUAGAAUCAGACGCCUAACGAUGACGAUGUAACCUAAUAGUACAUAACGUCUUUGAAAAAAAUCGAUGAUAUACUGCAAUUCUUCAGUUCAGCUGUAUAUGCAUGCGGAUUGUGAAAGUUGAAACCAACAAUGUGAGGCUUCCUUUUUGUGGAAAUUGCACAUUUAAAUUUUCCCACUAUGAAAUCUAUGGUGUAGCUAACCUAAAUAGAUUCUAAUUAAAUUACUUUUCGUGAUUUUGAUGCUUAUGCGUUUUUUGGAGAUUACUUUGCAUGCAUUUUAGGCAAUUUGUUGUUCUAUCACAUUAAGUUCUUGCCUGCUAAACCGUUGUGACGUGGCUAACUUCAAUGUCGUGGCCAUGCGAACCCAGCAGUUUGGUGUAAAUUUACAGUGUAAUAUAGACCGAGAAGAUGUUUAAAAUAACUGGUGAGGUUCACAAAAAUUAUAAGGAAUUCUUUAUAGGGAUAAACUAUUUGAGGAAUUCCAGAUACUUUGAAAUUACUGACUGCAAAAUUGCACUUUUGCAUGGGUGUUCUAAAGGCCGGUUCUAAAGGCGCGUUGUUCGUCCAUUUGUUGUGGUUAUUUAUGGAUUGUGUCGGCAAUCUAACUUCUUUCAUGGUUUUUUGAUCAUGUGGAACAACACAAUCAGCAAGAGCCACAUCCGUUUUAUUGUUAGGCACCAUGAGAAACUAUUCACGAGUUUGAACCUUUUGAAACACCCUCACAAAUAAUCAACAACGCUAUUUUUUCUGCGUGCGAUAUAAAAGGGGCACUAUCGAACUGCUUCUAUCAUACAGACUUUGCCGUCUCAGAGUAAAGCAUAGCUAUACAUUUCUGGAGAUAAUUGUUUACAAGAGAGCAAGUACUUAAACACAAAGUAAGAGCAAUCUUGCACCGAAUGGACCUCUUCAACUAUGCACUAUUUUUAUUUAGUCUCAAUAAUUUAAGUCAUUCUGAAAAUCAUUGGCAGAUUUUUUAACAAUGCUUGAACUUUUGUUGCAUAGAUAUGAAGCUGUUGUUCACUUUUCUGGUUGCAAUGCUCGUAUUGGUACACGGCGACGCUUCAAAUAUCGAAUUUAGGAAGUUUGCAGAGACGGACAAUACGAAUCAUUUCGCGACAGUCAAAUUGGCAAGCUAUGAUGAUGAUGCGCCUGCAACCUUAGGAUGCGAAAUUGGAUCAGUUGAAUCAAAAUAUUGCGAUACAGAAGAAGCACAAGAUUGUUUUGGAAGGCAUGGGCAAGCUGUUCCCGUCAAAUUUGAAAAACCAUUUCCAGAAAUACCGAAAGUAAUAAUUAGUCUAACGAUGCUUGAUACCCACAAAGAUAGGAAUGUUCGAAUACGCGUCUUGGCACAAAAGGUAACGAAAGAAGGUUUCGAAGCUGUAUUCCGACCUUGGGAUGAUUCGGUUAUCUUUCAACUUGGCGUAAGCUGGAUGGCAUGUCCUUCUCGAUGAGUUGCGUGUUCGUGAGCAUUCACUGUUGAUAUAUUCUUAACCGUUUCUUAGACAUAAUAUGAUUUCGUAGUUAUGCGUGUAAGUAUAUUAACGGCAAGUUAUUGCAUUUUAAAGUUACUGUAGUAUUCUUCUUCUAUUAAUUAAAUAAACUUUGUAUACAUGUGUCAUGUGUCACUCAUUCUACCCUUUUAUAUCCCACUACUACCAGGGGCGUAGAAAGCAUCCAGAGAUUGGUGGGGGGGGGGGGACACCAGCUUCCAUUGCACCUCAUUGUGGUUUAUAUUUAUGAUCUACAAAAAUAUUUCCGCAGCUAAGUGGGCAUAUACCUAGGAAACAAAAAGGGCACUUUGAUUUUAAAACAGCACUUGCAUCAUAAAAAUGCAACUUUUGGUACCUUGAAAAGAUUGGGCAUGUGUCUACAUGUGACUAUUUGGUUCCUAGGCGUUUGUAAUAAAUACAGAUGUAAAUCAAUAGAGAACCAUCUGUACUAACAGGAUACUGUAUAAAGCAGU